CACAGAGUCCGGCAUUGGUCCCAGGCAGCAGUUAGCCCGCCGCCCGCCUGUGUGUCCCCAGAGCCAUGGAGAGAGCCAGUCUGAUCCAGAAGGCCAAGCUGGCAGAGCAGGCCGAACGUUAUGAGGACAUGGCAGCCUUCAUGAAGGGCGCCGUGGAGAAAGGUGAGGAGCUCUCCUGCGAAGAGCGAAACCUGCUCUCAGUAGCCUACAAGAAUGUGGUGGGCGGCCAGAGGGCUGCCUGGAGGGUCCUGUCCAGUAUUGAGCAGAAAAGCAACGAGGAGGGCUCGGAGGAGAAGGGCCCCGAGGUGCGUGAGUACCGGGAGAAGGUGGAGACUGAGCUCCGGGGCGUGUGCGACACCGUGCUGGGCCUGCUGGACAGCCAUCUCAUCAAGGAGGCUGGGGACGCGGAGAGCAGGGUCUUCUACCUGAAGAUGAAGGGCGACUACUACCGCUACUUGGCCGAGGUGGCCACUGGUGACGACAAGAAGCGCAUCAUCGACUCAGCCCGGUCAGCCUACCAGGAGGCCAUGGACAUCAGCAAGAAGGAGAUGCCGCCCACCAAUCCCAUCCGCCUGGGCCUGGCCCUGAACUUUUCCGUCUUCCACUACGAGAUCGCCAACAGCCCCGAGGAGGCCAUCUCGCUGGCCAAGACCACUUUCGAUGAGGCCAUGGCUGAUCUGCACACCCUCAGCGAGGACUCCUACAAAGACAGCACCCUCAUCAUGCAGCUGCUGCGAGACAACCUGACGCUGUGGACGGCCGACAACGCCGGGGAAGAGGGGGGCGAGGCUCCCCAGGAGCCCCAGAGCUGAGUGUUGCCCACCACCGCCCCACCCU